ACGCUGGUUAAAAUAACAAGUACUUGUACGUUAGUUGACAAUAGUUGCGUUCGUAAGUUACUCGCAGUUUUCAAUAAUAAAAAAUAAUAAAUAAUUAAGUGCCGAGAAGUUAAAUAUAAAUAAAUUAAUCAUGGAUAACUGGCGAAGAUAUUUCGACAUGAUAGAUUCAAUAAGAGAAGAAAAUAUGCAAAAAUUAAGAGACAUGAUAGAGGAAUUUGGUUUAUCAUUAUAUCCAUUGUGGGAUGAUGGACAUCAACUACUUUGUGUUGCCGUUGAAAAAGAUCAAGUAGAAAUAGUGUCAUAUUUAUUGGGGAAAAAUGCAAAAAUUAACAGCGACCUUGAUGUCUUGUCACCUCUUCAGAUUGCCGCCAAAAACAACAACACGAUGAUUUUCAAAAUGCUUCUGGAACACGGGGCUAAAAUAGAUUAUAAAAAUAUUAAAUAUAAUAAGUCACCAAUUAAGUUAGCAGUUGAGCACGACAAUAUUGAGAUCGCAAGACUUAUCGUUGAGCAUAAAAAUUUUGGACAAAAAUAUGAUCAGUCAUUACUGCAUAUGGCUAUCAAGAAAAACAACUUCGCAAUGGUCUUAUUAUUAUUAGACAUUGGUGCAGAUGUCAAUGAAUACGAUGACGACAGAUCAGCUCCAAUCCAUCACGCAGUAAUGGCCCACAACAUAAAUAUUUUGCAAUUAUUGAUAGAUUAUGGAGCAGACAUUAAUGCUAAAAAUAAAUAUAGAGAGACUCCAGUUUAUUUGGUUCUAAAGCAUUCGUAUAGCUCAAUUCAUCUAAGGUCUGAUAUUUUUGGAAUGCCUUUACCUUUCAAUCCACAUAAUAAUAGUAAAUUGGCUAUUCUCCUAGAUAAUGAUGCAGACAUAAAUGGUCUCGAUAUCCGUGAAAAUCUUUCAUGUCAAGACUUUAAUAUUCAUGAUCUUCUUUAUGGUGAUGAUAGUGUUGGACAUGACGAUAAUUCGGAAAACAAAAAAAACAUUAUUAAACAGAUUGUAAAGUUAAGAAGUCGAAAUGCACCUCUAUCUAAUCACACUAUUAUGAUAUUGUCCGCUCUUAUUGAACAAAAACGGUUUGAUGAUUAUGAAAAAAUAUGUGAGCAAGAAAUAUCGAGAGCAAUGAUAGAAAAAAUACCAAACUCGGGGAUUUCAUUUCAUAAUAUUUUGAGCAAAAAUACUAAUUUUUUAGUUGCGUGUGCAAAAAAUAUAAAUCUUCAGACGUUCAUAUGUUCGAGUGAAAUUUUAGAUCGAUUUCCAGUUUAUGGAUCGGCUAUAAAACUUCGCUUUUCGAAAGGAGUAUUAAGAAAAGAUUUAUUGGAAAAAAGUACUCAACUUUUUCAUGAUCUUUUUCCCGUUGUGUCUAAAUUAUUGUCUGAUGCCGUCGAUGAUGUAUUUGAAUGUUUAGAUAAUAAUGAUUUAAGACAUUUUCUGCGCGUGUUCCAACAAGAUAAUUUAAAUAUAAAUAAAUUGAUCAUGGAUAACUGGCGAAGAUAUUUCGACAUGAUAGAUUCAAUAAGUGAAGGAAAUAUGCAAAAAUUAAGAGACAUAGCAGAAAAAUUUGGUUUAUCAUUAUAUCCAUUGUGGGAUGAUGGACAUCAACUACUUUGUGUUGCCGUUGAAAAAGAUCAAGUAGAAAUAGUGUUAUAUUUAUUGCGGAAAAAUGUAAAAGUUAACAGCAAUUGUGAUGCCCUGUCACCUCUUUACAUAGCCGCCGUGAACAACAACACGACAAUUUUUAAAAUGCUUCUGGAACACGGGGCUCAAAUAAGUGAUAACAAUAUUCAUAACGAUAUAUCACCGAUUAAGUUAGCAGUUGAGCACAACAAUAUUGACAUCGCAAGACUUAUCGUUGAGCACAAAAAUUUUGGAAAAAAAUAUGAUCAGUCAUUACUGCAUACGGCUGUCAAGAAUAACCGCUUGGAUAUGGUCUCAUUAUUAAUAGAAACUGGUGCGGAUGUCAAUGAAUAUGAUAAGGACAGAUCAGCUCCAAUCCAUUACGCAGUAAUGGCCUACAACAAAGAUAUUUUGCAAUUAUUGAUAGAUUAUGGAGCAGACAUUAACGCUAAAAAUAAAUAUGGAGAGACUCCAGUUUAUUUGGUUCUAAAGCAUUCGUAUACCCUACUUUAUAGGUCUGAUAUUGUUGGAGUGCCUAUACCUGGCAAUACAAUGAGUAGUAAAUUGGAUAUUCUCAUAGAUAAUGAUGCAGACAUAAAUGAUCUUGAUAUCGGUAGAUGUUUCUCAAGUAAUCUUCAAUAUAUUUACCCGUAUAAUAACAUUGUUCACAACUAUACUGCGGAAAAUGAAAAACGCAUUAUUAAGCAGAUUGUAAAAUUAAAAAGUCGAAAUGCACCUCUAUCUGAUAACAAUAAAAUGUUCUUGUCUUCUCUCAUUAAACACGAACAGUUUGAUGAUUAUAAAAAAAUAUGUGAGCUAGAAAUGUCGAAAAUUAUCACGGAAAAAAUACCAAACUCGGGGAUUUCAUUUCAUAACAUUUUGAGCAAAAAUAGUAAUUUUUUAGCUGCGUGUGCAAAAAAUAGAAAUGUUCAGACGUUCAUAUUUUCAGAUGAAAUUUCAGAUCGAUUUCCGGUUUAUGGAUCGGCUAUAAAACUUCGCUUUUCGAAAGGAGUAUCAAGAAAAGAUUUAUUGGAAAAAAGUACUCAACUUUUUCAUAUUAUUUUUCCCGUUGCGUCUGAAUUGUUGUCUGAUGCCGUCGAUGAUGUAUUUAAAUGUUUAGAUAAUAAUGAUUUAAGAAAUUUCUUGCGCAAGUUCCAACAAGAUAAUGUCGGGCAGUUAAAUAUAAAUAAAUUAAUCAUGGUUGACUUGCAAAAAUUUUUCGACAUGAUAGUAUCAAGAAAAAAGAGAAAUACGCAAAAAGUAAGAGACAUGAUAGAGGAAUUUUGUUUAUCAUCCUGUCCACUGUUGGAUGAUGGGAAUCGACUACUUACUGCUGCCGUUGGAAAAAAUCAAGUAGAAAUGGUGAAAAAUUUAUUGCGGAUAAAUGUAAAAGUAAACAGCAAUUGUGAUGCCCAGUCACCUCUUUACAUAGCCGCCAUGAACAACAACACGAUAAUUUUCAAAAUGCUUCUGGAACACGGGGCUACAAUAAGUUAUAACACUAUUCAUUAUCAUAAAUCACCGAUUAAGUUAGCAGUUGAGCACAACAAUAUUGAGAUCGCAAGACUUAUCGUUGAGCAUAAAAAUUUUGGAAGAAAAUAUGAUCAGUCAUUACUGCAUACGGCUGUCGAGAAUAACAGCUUGGAAAUGGUCUCAUUAUUAAUAGAAACUGGUGCGGAUGUCAAUGAAUAUGAUGACGACAGAUCAGCUCCAAUCCAUUACGCAGUAAUAGCCUACAACAAAGAUAUUUUGCAAUUAUUGAUAGAUUAUGGAGCAGACAUUAAUGCUAAAAAUAAAUAUGGAGAGACUCCAGUUCAUUUGGCUCUAAAGAAUUCAUAUACCCUAAUUUAUAGGUCUGAUAUUGUUGGAGUGAGUAUACCUGGCAAUACAAUGAGUAGUAAAUUGGCUAUUCUCAUAGAUAAUGAUGCAGACAUAAAUGAUCUUGAUAUCCGUAGAUGUUUCUCAAGUAAUGUUCAAUAUAAUUACCCGUAUACUGACAGUGUUUACCACAUUACUUCGGAAAAUAAAAAACGCAUUAUUAAGCAGAUUGUCAAAUUGAAAAGUCGAAAUGCACCUCUCUCUAAUAACAAUUUUAUAUUAUUGUCUUCUCUUCUUGAAGAAAAACCGUUGAAUGAUUAUAAAAAAAUAUGUGAGCAAGAAAUGUCGAGAGCAAUGAUAGAAAAAAUACCAAACUCGGGGAUUUCAUUUCAUAACAUUUUGAGCAAAAAUACUAAUUUUUUAGCUGUUUAUGGAUCGGCUAUAAAAAUUCGCUUUUCGAAAGGAUUACCACGGAAAAAUUUAUUGGGAAAAAGUACUACAAUUUUUCAUGAUCUUUUUCCUCUUGCGUCUACAUUGUUGUCUGAUGCCGUCGAUGAUGUAUUUAAAUGUUUAGAUAAUAAUGAUUUAAGACAUUUUUUGCGCAUGUUCCAACAGGAUAGUUCAUUGUAA